UCACAUUGUGGCCCACGUGUCAAAAAUCAAAUUUUGUCUUCUCUCACCCAGGAUUUUUGGACAAGAACAACGACCUGCUCUUCAGGAACCUGAAAGAGGUGAUGUGCAUGUCAGAGAACAAGAUCCUGAACCAGUGUUUCGACAGGGAGGAGCUGAGUGACAAGAAGCGUCCAGAAACGGCAGCCACUCAGUUCAAAGCAAGUCUGGCGAAACUCAUGGAGAUCCUCAUGUCGAAGGAGCCGUCGUACGUCCGCUGCAUCAAGCCCAAUGACUCAAAGCAAGCAGGUCGCUUUGACGAGGUGUUGAUCCGUCACCAGGUCAAAUAUCUGGGGCUGAUGGAGAAUCUGAGGGUGAGGAGAGCCGGCUUUGCUUACAGACGCCGCUACGAGGUCUUCCUCCAGAG